AUUGUGCGAAAUCUUCCUCCUCCAUCCAUUCAAGCGCACAGAAGAGCAGAAAACAUGCCGUCCAUUAGGUGUGUGUUGAGUUUGUGUGUGUUUUUCAUCACUGACUCCAGAUCAGACGAUCAUAUCAAUGUGCCUGCUGUACUGCGCAGUGUUUCUCCAUCAGCUCUGACCCCAGAUCAGCCCUCCAGAACAGCAGAUGGACCCAAACUGCUCAUUAAAGAUGGACUGGUACAGGGUCUGCUGCUGGACAAGUCUUAUGUGUUUUAUGGGAUCCCGUUUGCUGAUCCUCCAGUCGGGACGUCCCGUUGGAAAGCUCCGAGACCUGUUACUCCAUGGAAAGGGGUUUAUGAUGCCUCCUUUCCCAGAGCGUCGUGUAUGCAGGCCUGCAUCGGCCCCAUUGCUGACGACUGUCCCAAAAAGGUGAGUGAGGACUGCCUGUACCUGAAUGUGUUUGUUCCUCUGAGUGUGGAUCUGGCGGCUCCGCUGCUGCAGCCGCUGCCGGUGAUGCUCUGGAUCCAUGGUGGGGAUUUCAUAGCAGGAUCUGCUUCUAAACCGCUGUACGACGGCAGAUUCAUCAGCAACUACACACAGACUGUGCUUGUGAGCAUCGCCUACCGCCUGGGAGCCUUCGGUUUUCUAGUGUCCGGAAAAGACCCAAAGUUGGCGGCGGUGGGAAAUUAUGGCAUUCUGGACCAGCAGGCAGCGCUGAUCUGGGUUCAGCAGAACAUUGCAGCGUUUGGAGGAGACCCGAGCAGGGUGACUAUUUUUGGCGAGAGCGCCGGCGCUCAGGCAGUCAGUUUACAUCUGAUGAUCCAGAGCAGCAAACCACUCUUCAAACAGGCGGUUUUCCAGAGUUUACCCUUCUCCAUUCCUCUCAAAACACGACACGAGUCUCUGAAGCUGGGAAAACACUUUGCGAAAGCAGCAAACUGUUCACUGGAGGACAUGAAGUGCCUUCAGUCUCUGAGUGCUGAAGAUGUGCUGCAUGCGCAGAUCAAGACCAGCUCAAAGUUGGUGAACCCAUUCCGCUUUCUGGAGGUGUUUGAGAUCUGGGGGCCAUUCAUUGAUGGCGAGCUGAUCGAGGAGCAGGCGGUGAGCGCCUUCCAGAAAGGACACUGGCAGAAGGAGAAACCUGUGCUGCUUGGAACGACUUCAGAAGAAGGUGUGAUUUUUGUGUAUGGUGUCUUCAAGAAGCCCGUAUCAGCAGUCGAGUGCACUAUCUACACAACGGCCAUCUUUAAACAACACGCCAUCAAAAUCCUGCGCAAAUAUUUACCACUCUACAGCGACGCCGACCGCAGGGACAUGCUAGCACAGAUUGUGACCGAUUUCAUCUUCUGGUGUCCGUCCCGGAGGUCUGCGCGGGCCGCUGUUUUGUCCGGUAGCUCUGCCUGGAUGUAUGUGUUUGAUCAGGUGUCCAGCGACCCGCGCGUGUGGUCCGGUGUGUCCUCCUGUUACCGGCGUGUGUGUCACGGAGCGGAGCUGCCGUUCCUUUUCGACUCUGCGGCAGUGGCGAACUUCAGCAUGACCCCGGCAGAGAAACUGCUCUCCAACCGGAUGCUGUGCUACUGGGGUGGGUUUGCUCACACCGGAGAGCCCCAGAGACCCGCGGACAUCAGCGGGUUCUGCCGGCAGCAGCGGCCACCAAGCUGGCCCACAUACACAGCCCACAGCGGCUGGAUGAUCAUGAACCUGACCGCACAUCCACACCCACAGGCCGGCUCACGAGAAGACAUCUGCGACUUCUGGGACACUCUGGGCAUCUACCCGUAACAAAGAAAAUGGCAUUAAAAAUACUAUAGUAAUUUAUAGUGUUUCUGAACCACACGCUGAAUUAAAUACUCUUCGCAUUUACUACAUUUUAGUAAGAUAAGUGGUUGCAAACAAUUUGUUUGAGCUGAAUAUAAACAAACAAAUGCAGUUGAACAUUAUUAAAUUUAAUUGGUUUGUUUAAACUUACACUAUAAAAAAUGCACACAAUUCAUUCAUGUUGUCCCAACACAAAUCGAUUAAGUUAACGUAACACUUUUAACAAAUUUAUGUGGAUUGAACAUAGAAAAAUUAAGUUGUCCUAAUGAAAUCUCAAGAAUUGAGUUGAUUCAGCUUAUUUUAAUUAAGUAGUUUGAACAAGCAAAAAACUUGUGUAGUUCAUAUAAAUAGUUUGCAACCACUUACCUUAAAUGUUUUAGUGCAUAUACCACAGUGUAUCAUCAAUGAAAUAAACUUAUUCGAUUUACUGAAAAUAUUAAGGUAACUGGUUGAAAAUAAUUUAUUUGGGCUGAAUUAACACACACAAAUGAAAUGUAGUAUUGUUCAACUUUGUUUGUUUAAAUUCAGCCCAAGUAAAUUGUUCUUGUAUGAGACUGUAAAAAUAUCUGUUAAUGAACAGUUUCACAAGUGUUUUCUGUUCAUUUACAGUUGUGAAUUGCAUUAUGGGAUGUUGAUCUCUGCUCUGUCCACUUUUGAUGUUGGAAAUUCAACUCUACAGUUUAACAAAGAGACUUUUAGUCACGUUUUAGUAAU